AUGGGCAAUAUUGGAGUAGCCGCUAUUUGACCCCCAUCAUCAGCACAGCAGCUGAGAAGAAAGCGGCGGCGAUGGGGAUGGAGGCGGUGGUGGAGGGGCUGUGGGCCCUGGCCGAGGAGGCUGAGCUCCACCGCGACUACGGCAGCGCCGUCAAGUGCCUGGAAGCCGUCCUCCAGUGCGGCGCCUCCCUCCUCCCCCUGGUGGAGAUCCGCACACGCCUCCGCCUCGCUUCCCUCCUCCUCUCCCGCUCCCACAACCUUAACCACGCCAAGUCCCAUCUCGAGCGCGCACUCCUCCUCCUCGGCCCCGCCCCUCCCUCCGCCCUCCCCCUCAAAUUCCGCGCCCACUCCCUCCUCGCCCACUGCUACCACCUCGUCGGCGCCAUCCCUCCCCAGAAGCACAUCCUCCUCCGCGCCCUCCAACUCCUCCACCAGUCUUCCCUCCCGGCCGGCACCGCCGCCCUUCUCUGGUCCUGCAACUUCCACUCCCAGCUCGCCUCUGCCCUCGCCAUCGAGGGCGACUAUCCCGGCGCGCUCGCCGCCCUCGAUUCCGGCCUCGCCGCCGCUUCCGAGCUCUGCCGGCCCGAGCUCCAGAUGUUCUUCGCCGCCUCCACUCUCCACGUCCACCUCCUCCACUGGGACGACUCCUCCUCCGUCGAUGCCGCCGUCCGCCGCUGCUCCGAGCUCUGGGACUCCAUUCCCGUCGACCAGAGACGGCACUGCCUCGGCCUGUUCUUCUACAAUGAGUUGCUCCAAACCUUCUUUCUGCUGAGGAUUUGCGACUAUAAGAGCGCUUCGCAGCACGUCGAGAAUCUGGAUGCGGCCAUGAAGGACAAUGUGCAGAAGGUUCAUGUCGUCAAGGGAUUGGUUGGUGAGCUGGAUGCCGUGAAUCGAGGUCUCUCACAGUCUAAUUUCCAAAGGAGGGAGAGGUUGUUGUUGUGCGAGAAGCAGUCUCAGCUCCAGGGGCAGCUGAAAGCUCUUACCGGGUUGGACUCGGACCACCUAAGCAGCUGGGAAUUUGAAGAUAAGUUGCUGUUGGCACCUCCGCCAUUGGAUGGGGAGUGGCUCCCGAGGAGUGCUGUAUUUGCUUUGGUGGAUCUUAUGGUUGUCAUGGUGGGACGCCCAAAAGGGGUGUUUAAGGAGUGCGGGAGGAGGAUACAGUCUGGACUGCAUUUGAUUCAUGAGGAACUUGUGAAACUGGGUAUAAAUCAUGGUGUGAGAGAGGUGGAUUUACAACACUCAUCAAUCUGGAUGGCUGGGCUGUAUUUAAUGCUUCUAAUGCAGUUCUUGGAAAACAAAGUUGCAGUAGAACUUACGCGAUCAGAGUUUGUUGAAGCUCAAGAGGCUUUAGUGCAGAUGAGAAAUUGGUUUGUUCGUUUCCCAACAAUCUUGCAGGGGUGUGAAAGUAUUAUAGAAAUGCUUAGAGGGCAGUAUGCUCAUUCUGUUGGUUGCUUCCAUGAGGCUGCUUUCCACUUUAUUGAAGCUUCAAAGCUAACUGAAAGCAAAUCGAUGCAAUCCAUGUGUCAAGUUUAUGCAGCUGUGUCCUAUAUCUGUAUUGGUGAUGCAGAAUCAUCUUCACAGGCACUAGAUUUGGUUGGCCCAGUUUUUAGAAUCAUGGACUCCUUUGUUGGAGUGCGAGAGAAGACUUGCAUUGUCUUUGUUUAUGGGCUUUUAUUGAUGAGGCAACAUAAUCCACAGGAGGCACGCAUUCGCCUUGCCAGUGGCUUGAAAAUAGCACACCAACAAUUGGGUAAUAUUCAACUUGUUUCUCAGUACUUGACAAUCCUAGGCACGUUAGCACUUCAACUACAUGACACUGGACAAGCUAGGGAGAUAUUGAAGUCAUCUUUGACAUUGGCGAAGACACUAUAUGAUAUUCCAACACAGAUCUGGGUGCUCUCUGUUUUAACAGCUUUAUAUCGAGAAGUGGGUGAGAGGGGAAAUGAAAUGGAGAACUCUGAGUAUGAAAGAAGAAAGGAAGAUGAUUUGCAGAAGAGGCUAUCUGAAGCUCAUUCGCGCAUUCAUCACCUUGACUUGGUAUGCAAUUAUGCUUAACUCAGACUUGGCUUUUGUAUUUAUUAGAAGUGCUGCAUGCAUCUAUAAAGUCAUAUGCUGUACAUAUUUUUUUAAGACCUCUGUAAGAUCUCUAAUGUAGCAUGAUGUUAUAAGAAUCCUAUAAUCCUUUCAUUUCCAUUUCCUUC